AUGGCCGUAGACCUCAAUUAUUGGACAAUUGCUGGUCUUAUAGUCGGUCUACUUGUUCUACUCCCUACAAUCAUGGGAUUCUUUAGCAGCAACAAAUUUAAUGUCUCCGGCAAGACAGUUCUCCUUACCGGAGCGUCCGAGGGCAUGGGCAAAAGCGUUGCGAUCCAAUUGUCACAAAAAGGCGCGAACAUCAUAAUAAUCACCCGACUCCCCAUUACCACGACUCAAGCUGACAAUAAACGCGUCCAGGCCUCAGCAGCAAACCCCUCAACCCAACGCUUCCAAUAUAUCAGCGCCGAUGUCUCCGAACCCGACGGCGCCGCGCGUGUCAUCGCAGAAGCAAUAGCCUGGAACAAUGGCGAAAGUCCUGACAUAGUUUGGUGCAUCGCGGGUGCCGCCUACCCCGGCCUCUUCAUCGACACUCCCGUCUCUAUAAUGCGCCAUCAGAUGGACGUGAACUUCUGGUCCUGCGCCGACAUGGCACACGCAGUUCUCGGCGACUGGCUCACGCCGUCUGCGUUGCAACAAGGCAAGGAGAGACAUCUGGUGUUCACGAGCUCGGUCGUGGCUUUCUAUUCCCUGGCUGGCUAUACGCCAUAUGCGCCAGCCAAAGCGGCCAUCAAGAGCUUGAGUGAUACGCUGGCGCAGGAGGUGUUAUUAUAUGGCGAUAAUGUCAAGAUACAUACUGUAUUCCCCGGCACAAUCCUCAGCAACGGAUAUGCAACAGAGAACCAGACCAAACCGGAUGUUACGCAUAUACUGGAAGCGGCGGAUCCUCAGCAGACGCCCGAAGCCGUUGCAGCGCGGUCCAUUGCCGGGCUAGAAAAGGGCCAGUACUUGGUUACGGUUAAUUGGCUGGGGUCUUUGAUGAGGGCUUGUGCGUGGGGUUGCUCGACGAGGAAUAAUUGGCUGUUUGAUACGUUGGAGAUAUGGCUGGCGAGUAUUGUGGCCUUGUUUGUUGGUAUGGAUAUGGAUGGGAAGGUUGUCUCGUAUCGGAAGAAGCAUGGGCAUCCGAGCACGUAUUACAAGAAGUUUAUGAGCCAGGGUGAUAUUGCCAAGUCCUCCAAUACCAAAAGCCAAAUCUGCUUCUUCGGAUUUCCUGAAUCUAUUGGAUUCCUGUUAAUAAUCAUAGGAUUUCAGAUCAUGGAUGGGAUAACCUACAUAGCAUCUAUGUAG